AUGCCUUCCCCAAGCCGCACCAACCGCUUCCAAUCCUUCACUCCCCUCCGAAGCACAUCCGGAUCCCUCCGUCGUCUUAAGACUGCCUUUAGCCCAAACCGCAACUCAAUGCGCUCUGCCUCGCCAUCAUCCAUCAUUUCCUCAAGCACUACGCCUCUGACCCGCAACUCUUCGCCACACAGCCACCGCUCCUCAGGCUCAUCCAUCAGGCAACUGCUCGCCGUCCGUCGCAAGCCUAGCAUGUACGAGUUCGAGAUGGAAGAGGAGAAGCACUUGUUUGAGCAAGAACUCGACGUCCUCGAGCCACGACCUAGCAUGGGCCGCGGCACAAGCGAAGUCCACGUCGUCGGCAUCUUUGAGGUUCUUGACGGCAAGUGCUAG